AUGGAUAGUAGAAAACAAAUGUAUGAAGUUUCCCGGAUCUCUGGUUUUUCACUUCGUAUACACAUUUCGAUUAUCAACGUGAUUCGUGUCGCCGGCGCUGCCAGUCUGCUCUUCGUCGCCUACUUUAGUCACACUGUUUCCAUGCCACGGACGUCCCACAAACCACGCAAGCUGGUCAGAAAAGUGGAAGCAGAAAGCGUUUUCAGUAGGCGCUCAGGAGUCGGGAGUCACCUGGCGUUCCGUCACAGCAGUGGUUGUAGAGGACAUCGGAGUCUUUCUGAAGGGUCACGCGCUCGCGCGCACUUUGGAGAGCAGUGUCUGUACCUAUCCACCAUGGAAAGCCGUUUUCGGUUCCAGCAGCCUAGAUCCCCGUCACCCCCAAAUAACGAAGCAGCAGACGACAGCGACAAAUGGCACUGCACUGACAAAGCGACAGUGAGCCGUCCUGUCAUGAUAGAGCUCAUUGAUCCUCCAAGUUCGGUUGGACAAACGCAGAAGUCCGGGUCUUCAUUCAUCCAGAGGGUUAGACCAAACGAGUCAGACGCUGGGGUGGAGAGGUGUUUCUCCAGUUAUCAGGAAUCUGCAGAGUCGGAAAUCCCGUCAACAACCUCACAACGCCGGAGUCGACCAGUCAGCCCUCUAUCGGGGCCUUUCCGAAAACGGGGAUUAGAUAAGAUGAAAUCCUGCAAGAGGGAUGUUCCACGUGCAGAGGAAUGGAGCACUGAUUUGCCUUGCGAUGCCGAUACUUCGGGCAACCUUUCGUUUUGGUCGCGGCCACCGUCCUCGUAUGGAGACAGCUGUCCAGAUUGGAGUGACCGCGGAGCAAUAGCGGAAAACAGUGACUCGAGAGAUGUGUGUAGCCUCCCAUGUUCUGUUCUAUCGGCACACUGGCACCUCCGACAAUCGCUAAAGGAAAGCAGCGAGGAACGGGAUGGAGAGGAAACAAUUCCAGAGUCGACGACGCGCAGAGGUAGUGCGUCGCCAGCUGAGGCGACCACAACUAGCUCAGUGCCUCCUCUGCCACCCUCUGCUUGGGAGGAAGAUGAGCCGCAAAAAACCGCAGAUCCGCGCCUGGAAGAGAGAGCUCCUUCACGCGGAAGGAAAUCCUCGACGACGAAGAGAUGUUCCGCGUCACGAAGCUCUGCGAGCGCCAGUGAGGGGGUUUCGGCGGUGCCACACUGCACGUCGCCCACAUGCUCAAAGAAACUCCCAGAGUGUUUAGCGAAAAAAGUACCAGAAUUACGAGGGGAAAACGUAAUUACGCGCGACCACGAGAGUUUGUCUUCUCGCCAGAACUUUGAAGGGAAACCGUCUACUUUUUCUGGUGCACCCAACCAGCCCUCCCUUACUCGGUUCGAAGACGAUUCACAACUCUUCUCGGACGAGCUGCAACGGUCCCUUGCACACGUUUGCCGGACAGCUGAACUCACUUUCUUCAACACUACGGCCAGCAUGCAACGAAGAAUGGCCGAACAAUUCCGUUUUGAACAGCAGCAACAUGAACGGAUGCUGAGAGAGAGCAGAGCAGAAGUUGAGGCUGCCCGAGCUGAGCUUGUUGGAAUGCGGUCGGCGAAGGAGGCAACAGAAGACCAGCUAUUGCGCGUUUUCGCCUACGUUCGCCGACGUCUUUUGCGUCAGCAGGUACGCGAGAGACGGGAGGCCGCAUUCAAAGCGUGGCGUACUUUCGCGGAGCGUGAAAAGGCAAGACGCCGUUUGACCGGGUUGGUCGAAGCUCAGCGAGUGCAUCGGAUGCUGCAGCGUGCUUUUCAUCCCUGGAGACAUCAGAGUUUCCGGGCAAGUGUAGAGCGAAUGAAGCAACGAGCGACGCAGGCAGCUCAGGAGGCAGCUGAGCACCAGAUAGCCGCCCUGCAAUCCGAAAGGAGAAAGGAGACACAGAUGCUCAUCGAGACUCGCCAGAAGCUCCGACUGGAGGCUUUUCAGCGACAACAGCUGCAAAAGACGUUACAGAUUCUCUUCCUUCAAGGCGCCACAGCCGUGUGCGCGCCCAUGAAUGGAGACUCAAAAAGUAUCGCCGGUAUCCAGCUUUCCGAAAACACACCGUAUCUUGGCGAUGUUCAUCCCAGUGCUCACAACCAGAAUUACCGGAUUUGUGAAGGGUCAACUGCGGAUGCCCCCGGUGUUUCUUCUGCCAGGAUUCCGUUGUCGCUCGGUGAAAUGAAGAGUUCUUUUCUCUCACCUGCAGACAUUUCCACGGCUGCGCGUGCAGCUGACCCGUUUCCUGGUAUCGGACUCGCAGAUUUUCCGGGACGAUAUCUGCCGGCAAACGGUCCAGCCCUCGCUGGUGCUGUUGGAUCAAACCCGCCACUGUCACACCAGCAUCAGCCGGGAAGGGACGAGUGCGUUAGGGGGCAUUCUAGCACACCGAUCGGCACGCCUUCAUCCCCGAUUGCCAACAUGCGGGCGCCGUACUCCACCGCUGUACACCCAAUCGGCGCGCACCGUUCUAUUCCCACUAUGGAGACAGCACAGCAGAGACAGAGUUGUAUCGGCCCUCUGACGGCGCGCGAAAUCCAGCCUUCCGGAGACUGUAACCUGGCAGUUGUCGGUCGGACUGUCCGGUCGACCCCUCGUUUGGAUGCUCACCUGCCUAACUUACCAGCGUGUCACCUGUCCUCAGAGCACAUACCAGACUCCGAAGAGGGAAAAACACAAAUAGGUCUUGGACAUCAGCUACCAUUUUUGACAUCCCCUCCUUUCACGUCCCAAGGCGUAAAGACACAACUUCAGCAGGUCAUUACACACAAUCGAGGGCAAACGCUUCGAGCUGCGGCCUUCGGCUCUGAUGAAGUUAAACAAGUGGACAAUCAAGCUCCUCGACCUGCCCCAGGCUCAGAAAAUCAGCCUCGACGUGUGACGCCCCCGACUCAGUAUUGGGUUCCCGACAAUGCAGUACGACGCAUGGGAGUCUCGGCAAUGUCUCGUGAUGCUGGCACGUGCGAACAAGGCACGAGGUCUGACAGAUUGGGGAUAAACAAUCCUAUAAACGCUUCUCCGUUGGAACCGCAGAUGACCGGUACACCACCGUUGAGAGAAUCUUCGGGAAGGUUUUCAUGGGUCAUUCAAGAUCGGACUCACAGAUACAAAGGCAGAGAGGGAGAAUGCGUUGGCUUAUCAACACGAACGCGCUCUGCGUUCAUGCCGGCCAAUAUAAACAAGAACAGGGCACCCCGAACAGGCAGGAUCUCCCCCUCUGUGGCAGAAAACCUCACCUCCGCACCGCCUGUCGCUUCCUACUUCAGUGAAUCUUCUGAUUUUGUCAUGCCAUUUCAGGCAACUUUCGGUUCUAGAGCAGCGAGUUUGGGAAACAGGAAGAUACAGAAGUCAACCGUCAUUGCUGGCAAGGAAUGCCGUGUGAAGUCGAGCUUGUGGAGCAAAAAACAGACAAACUGGACACGCAGUAUCACUGCAGGUAGUUGA